AUGUGUCUUCAAGGGGGAGCUGAAAGACCGAAGCUUCUUUUAAGUAUUAGAUUGAUAAGGGCCCUUCUCCUCCUGGGGCUGAACCCCGUCUCCACCUCCCUACAAGAUCAGCGCUGUGAGAGCCUGUCUCUGGCCAGCAACGUCUCUGGCCUGCAGUGCAAUGCCUCCGUGGACCUCAUUGGCACCUGCUGGCCCAGGAGCCCUGCAGGGCAGUUGGUGGUUCGGCCCUGCCCUGCCUUUUUCUAUGGUAUCCGCUACAAUACGACAAACAAUGGCUACCGAGAGUGCCUGGCCAAUGGCAGCUGGGCAGCCCGAGUGAAUUACUCUGAGUGCCAGGAGAUUCUCAACGAAGAGAAGAAGAGCAAAGUGCACUACCACAUUGCCAUCAUCAUCAACUACCUGGGCCACUGCAUCUCCCUGGUGGCCCUCCUGGUGGCCUUUAUCCUCUUUCUGCGUCUCAGGAGCAUCCGGUGCCUGAGAAACAUCAUCCACUGGAACCUCAUCUCGGCUUUCAUCCUGCGCAACGCCACAUGGUUUGUGGUCCAGCUCACCAUGAGCCCCGAGAUCCACCAGAGCAAUGUGGGAUGGUGCAGGUUGGUGACAGCUGCCUACAACUACUUCCACGUCACCAACUUCUUCUGGAUGUUUGGUGAGGGCUGCUACCUGCACACGGCCAUUGUGCUCACGUACUCCACUGACCGUCUGCGCAAGUGGAUGUUCAUCUGCAUUGGCUGGGGUGUACCUUUCCCCAUCAUUGUGGCAUGGGCCAUCGGGAAGCUGUACUACGACAAUGAAAAGUGCUGGUUUGGCAAACAUCCUGGAGUGUACACUGAUUACAUCUACCAGGGCCCCAUGAUCCUGGUCCUGCUGAUCAACUUUAUCUUUCUCUUCAACAUUGUCCGCAUCCUCAUGACCAAACUCCGGGCAUCCACCACGUCUGAGACUAUACAGUACAGGAAAGCUGUGAAGGCCACUCUGGUGCUGCUGCCCCUCCUGGGCAUCACCUACAUGUUAUUCUUUGUCAACCCUGGGGAGGACGAGGUCUCCAGGGUCGUCUUCAUCUACUUCAACUCUUUUCUGGAGUCCUUUCAGGGCUUCUUCGUGUCUGUGUUCUACUGUUUUCUGAACAGUGAGGUCCGCUCUGCCGUCCGGAAGAGGUGGCAUCGGUGGCAGGACAGGCACUCAAUCAGAGCCCGAGUGGCCCGCGCCAUGUCCAUCCCCACCUCCCCCACCAGAGUCAGCUUCCACAGCAUCAAGCAGUCCACAGCAGUGUGAGCUGCAGGCCACAGAGCAGCCCCCGAGUCCUGAGGCUGGGGGAAUAAUGCAAGCUCCCUGGCGAGCCUGUCUGCAGAGGCAGUCGGCCUUCCCAUUCCUACCCCUGGGCUGCAGACCUGAGUGCCUGCCCAGCUGUAGACGAUGGCUCAUAGCAUUGGGCUGGGCCCACGGCAUCGGGCUCCCUGCUGCCCAUUCUUCUCGGAGAGUGGAAAUGGAGACCAGGGGUAGAAACCCUGAAGCAGUUUAAUGGGCCCUGUGAAAGCUGUCUUUUCCCAAAGCAGCUCACCGAAGAUCUUUAGUCUCCAGAGGCUGCGGGGAGGCCACUUGCUACCCCAGGGCAUCAUGGGAAACUCUCUCCUGUGAUUGUGAAGCCUCUGAAUCUUGGCGAUGCCUUUGAAUGUUACUGAGAACCAAUGUCACAUGGUCCAGUCAGGGGACCUGGAGAUAGCGGUAGAAAUCUGGUGGCAUCAUCAGAUAGCACUCCACUACCCUAGAAGCCACUCCUGAGCCACCAGAAUGUCAUCAGCACCGUGGCACUGCCACCAGAAAGCCCUGCCUUGCUGCCUUGCACCCUUAGACGUUUACUAUUCUGCAGGCCAAUCCAGCUUUAUGUCACUUACCCACUGACGACAACAGUCCCCUCGCCCGCCCUGAAAUCCUACCACCUCUUGCCUCUGGGUGUCUUCUGAUUUGUGAGAAGGUGGGGGUUGGGAAGGGGACUGAGUUGGCCUGUGAGGGAGAAUCAAGCGGGCCCAGCCUUUAAGGAAGUUGUGUCUCCUGGGUGCCCAGGCCACUAGUUUUGUUGGCUGGCCUCUGGAACAUGCUCAGAGGCUAAGUAAAGUAAGAACAGCCCUUUGCUCAAGUGCCCUGAACCAGGACAGGUGGCUCCUGGGACAACUGACAGACCCCUUAC